CAUGCAAUUUUCAUUUUUCUUCCUUUUUUCUUAUUAUUUUUAGUUUAAAUUGAGCUCCACCAUUUUUAACUGCAGUACUAGCACCAUACAUUAAUAUGAGCAAAGAAGAUGAGGACAUUUCAGCUGUCAUGGGAUUCUCGGGAUUUGGUCGUUCCAAGACUGCCAGAAAGUUCGACAUUGAUGCAAUGUUCAAGGAAACACUCUCUACAGCUCAAGCGUCACAGGUCAAAGAUAAGCCUCAGACUUUAGAAGAAAACGAAGAAGAAGGUGAUGAUAUGAUUGGUCCUCCUAUUCCAGUUAACCUCUCGGCACCUAAUGAAGAGGAGGAGGAGGGGAAAGAGGAGGAGGAGGAGGAGGAGAUGGGGGAAGUAGAUGAUGAGUUUGAGAAGAGGUUUCCACUAACAAAUGAAGUCGUAAUGGAUCAUGGAGCUAAACCAGUAUCAGCACUAGGCCUUGAUCCAGCUGGAGCUCGGCUGAUCACCGGUUGCUACGGAUACGAUGUCAAACUCUGGGACUUUGGUGGUAUGGACGCAACUCUAAAUUGUUUCCGUACUCUGACGCCUUGUGGAAGUCACCCCAUUUGCACAGCACAAUACAAUCACACUGGAGAGCUUAUAUUAGUCGCCUCGGGUAAUGCACAGGCUAUAGUAAUGGACAGAGAUGGACAGACAGUGGCAGAGUGUCCAAAAGGAUGGCAGUACAUAGCAGAUAUGACCAACACUAAUGGUCAUAUAUCAAUGAUUAACAAUGCUUGCUGGCAUCCUUUUCACAGAGACCAAUUCAUCACUUGUUCAAAUGACUGCACUGUUAGAAUAUGGGAGGUUGAAGAAGCAGCCAAAAAGCAAAAACACGUCAUCAAGUCAAGAAGCAAACAGGGUAAGAAGACGCCCAUCACGACGUGUACGUACAGUAGAGAUGGUAAAUACAUUGCUGGUGCUGGAAUUGAUGGAAGCAUUGCAAUGUGGAAGGGAGAUGGUCCCUAUGUAAGGCCAUCACUAGCUAAUUACAAUGCACAUGUUCCUGAUACUGAGACCUCGUGUCUUUGUUUUGCUCACGAUAAUCACACGCUAGUAUCAAGAGGAGGUGAUUCUACGCUAAAGGUUUGGGAUAUUCGUAAGUUCAGAGAUCCAGUUAGUACCGUCAGUGACCUCUUCAAUCACUAUUCAGUAACAGACUGCUCCUUCAAUCCUGAUGAGACUAUCAUUAUAACUGGUACUUCUGCUCAAAAACAAAAGGAUAGUACUGGUGAGCUCCUCUUCUUUGACAGAUCAUUAAAUCAACUUCAUAAACUAACGACACCAGACUCAAGUGUCAUCAGGACCUUAUGGCAUCCUAAAUUGAAUCAGAUAUUCAUUGGUUGCAGUUCUGGUGAUGUGAAGGUUUUCUUCAGUGAUAAAUACAGUCACAGAGGACCCAAGAUGAGCCUCAACAAGAGGAAAAGAGGAAGAGCUGACAUAGUGACGUCAGUCGGAAUGAGAGUCCUAACACCUCAUGCUCUGCCAAUGUUUCGGGAUGAAGAGAUGAAGACACUCAAAAGACAGAGACAAAAAGAAAGAAAGGAUCCUAUCCUCUCUCACAAACCAGCUCUACCAGUCACUGGGAAAGGUGUUGAUGGUAGAGUUGCUUCAGGUGGUGGUAGUUCAAUAGGAGCUUACAUGAGGAAGAUGGUAGCACUAGAGAAGGCAGUUGACAAAGAUGAGGAUCCAAGAGAGGCACUCCUGAAAUAUGCUAAAAUAUCAGAGGAAAAUCCAAUGUAUGUGAACCCAGCUUAUAAAAAAACUCAGCCAGUACCAGUAUUUCAGGAAGGAGGAGGUGGCGACAGUGAUGAUGAAGAAAACUCUUAAAAACUCAUAAAUGAUAAUAAAAUUAAAAUAAUAAUAAUAAUAAUUACUAUUAUCAUCACUUCUCCAGCUCUCUCUCUCUCUCUAUGAAAAGUUAAAAUGACUUUUAUAUGUGAUUAAAAUACAAUGAAGUUGUGAAGUACAUGAUUGAUUGUAAUGAUAACAUUAAAGUAGUAUUAGUUGUAUUCAUCUGAAAUUAAA